ACAGCCCGGCCAUCGAUCGCUUAUCAACGCCGUUGUCCCUCCCAUCUCUCUCUCCCCUCUCUCGUUCGGUUUUACAUACCGUCGAUGACUCCAGGGAAGUCUACCACUGCUCAAUCCUGUUCGAUUCCCUCGUUGUACUGUUUCCUUCGACUGCGACAAUGGGCCGCCCCUCAGUUCCGCUGUCGGCGAAUUUGCCGCCACUGGUUAUGGGCACUGCGACAUUCAACUCCCAGUACAAUCACGAUCCCUACGCCCUCCCAACCACAGAGCUAGUCCAUCGAGCUCUCACUAGUGGCGUCCGCGCCUUCGACACAUCACCCUACUACGGCCCCGCGGAGGAACUCCUCGGUCGAGCCCUUGCGACCGAUUUCGUCCGGUCCAACUUCCCCCGCUACACAUAUCGUUUGCUCACGAAAGUCGGCCGGAUCGCCUCCUCCUCCUUCGACUACUCCCCAGAAUGGGUACGGCACAGCGUUAAGCGCAGUCUCCGUCGUCUUCACACCGACUACCUCGACGUAGUCUACUGCCACGAUGUCGAGUUUGUCUCCCCACAAGAGGUGCUGGAGGCUGUCCGGGAAUUGCGCCGCAUCCGCGACACAGAGGGCACGAUCUACUACGUUGGGAUAUCGGGGUACCCGGUUGACGUGCUGAGCGAACUGGCGGAAAUGGUCUUACGGGAGACGGGGGAACCGCUCGACGCCGUCAUGUCUUACGCCAAUUUUACGCUCCAGAAUACUCGACUGCUCACAGAAGCCUUGCCCCGUCUUGUGGCUGCAGGAGUCGACGUGGUUCCUAAUGCCUCACCUCUGGGAAUGGGUCUUCUGCGCCGAUCGGGCGUCCCCAUUGGUAGUAUGGGAGACUUCCACCCCGCUCCGGACGGGCUGCGCAGUGCAAUCCACCGCGCCGCGGAAUGGGCCGAUGCCCAGGGAGAGAAGAUCGAGGUGAUUGCCAUUCGAUUCGCGCUGGAGUCGUGGCUCCGCAAGGCCGCGAAAGCAGGCGCUCUGGGUCCGCCCCUUGCGCGGUCUGCAGACGCAGAUCCAGGGUUCCUCUCCGUCUUGAAUAUGGGAACUGGAGAGCGACUGGGCGUCAGCGUCAUGGGCGUGAGCAACGUUGAUGAGUUGAACGAGACGCUCCGUGUCUGGCACAGUAUCAUUGAGGGGCUGGAGAACAAAGACGAUGAGGAAAUCGCGGAUGCUAGCAACAGCCAAACCACGCCUGCAGUUGUGCCUUCGGCCUUGCAAGCCCCAACAAUUCUUACCCCCUCAGAGGGGAUCAUUACUGACCGUGCAUGGUCACAGUCUCGGCGCCAGCGCAUCUUAUACCUUGCCCAGCAGAUCCAGGCGAUCAUCGGAUCCGACUGGGUGGAUUAUGUCUGGCCGAGUCCUGGAACGGACUUCAUUAACACCCUCUCCACCGAGCAUCUCGCGUUCAAAAAGGAAUUGGUCCAAUCUACCCCUGCUGUGCAGGAGAAGGCAGAUGGUACAGCCGGUGAUGCUCAGCCCAUGAUUACACCCCCGUUGGAUGCAGUAGAUACGAAGAUACCCAUCGUUGCGGAUAUCGCGUUGUAAAUAUCCCACACAUUACGACGUCCAUGUUGUACCCAAAAAUAGAGACAGGGAAAGGAGGCUGUGUUUUCUUUUUUUUUUUUGCAUUCUCCCCUUCACGAUACAAAAGAAUUAUCUUUACGACCGAGUGGCUGUUAUGAGUGACGUUGUCUGCAACAUACCUGUUCAUAUGAAAAGAUAUGCUAUUGGAAUACAUCAUCCCUAUGGGUAGAAAAUGUUAGUACAUAUGUCCCACUUACUAAAGAAUACCACAUGUGUUUUUGGGGUAACUCUGUAUUAUUAAGUCAAUAGCAACUAUCC